AUGCGUACCCUUUUGUAUAAAGAGCCCCGGAGCCGGCAGCAGACCCGUCCGGGCUGCGGCUGGGCUGAGCGGACAGGCUGCAAGGUAACCUCCGGAGGGCUCGGACGGCACCCUGGGCCGGAUGGGGCUGGGGGGGGGGACCUGCUCGAGCCGACCGGGCGCCUGGGGAAGAUGCUCGUCUGCACAGCGCCGGGGCUGGUCCUCUGCCUCCUGCUGGGGCCUCUCGCAGGGGCCAAGCCUGUGCAGGAGGAGGGAGACCCCUAUGCGGAGCUGCCGGCCAUGCCCUACUGGCCUUUCUCCACCUCUGACUUCUGGAACUACGUGGAAUACUUCCAGACGCUAGGGGCCUACCCCCAGCUGCAGGACAUGGCCCGCACCUUCUUCGCUCACUUCCCCCUGGGGACCACCCUGGGCUUCCACGUCCCCUAUCAGGAGGACUGA